AUGGAAAGCAGGAAAGAAGAACUCAAGAAAAAUAGUAUCAAUGUUCAUCAAAGGUUAGGCACCGAUGUUCAUGUUUCGUCAGAAGAUAUGGACAAGGAAAGGAGAAACACACGGGCUUAUGAAUAUUUGUGCAGGCUUGAGGAAGCAAAGUCGUGGCUAGGAGACUUCACUGAUGUGCCUGAGUCAUUUGAAGAGUUUGAAGAAGAAAUGAGAAAGGGGGUGAUUCUUACUGACAUAUGUAGGAUAUUUGCACCUAGCUCAGUUAAAAAUGUUUUUGUUGACUCCAUCUUGCAGUAUAGGCAUACAGACAAUAUCAAUUACUUUUUGGAUGGAUUAAUGCAAAUAGGGUUGCCUGAAUAUUUCCAUUUUGAAGUGAUUGAUUUGUAUGAAAAGAAGAAUUUUGUUAAAGUCAUAUACUGUAUACAUGCAUUAGCACACCUUUUGAGCUCGAAAGGAGUCGCUGGGAACAUCAAAAGUGCCAAAGGAAAGGUCUUUUCUUAUGACGAUAUGGCAAGGGCUGAUGUACAGGUCGAAAAAAUGCACAUGCCUAAGUUUGAUAACAUAGGAGAUGUAUUAAAGGAAAAAAUGGCUAUGGAGGGAGUAGAUAACGAAGAAGAUGACACGAAAAAAGAAUCUUUAGAUCAGGAAAGCAUGACGGAAAAGGAUACACUUGAUAAGGAAGGGAGUUUUUUAUCCGAAGAUGUAAGUGUUUGUGAUGAAUCCUUUGACAUUCUUAAGCUGACUCUGAGAACCUUUCUGUACAAGAAAUGCUUUGAUGAUAUCUACUAUAGAAAGGACGUGUCCCUAUUUUCUAUCAGAAGGUUUGUGUUUAUUUUCUUUAGCAAUUCAUCUGAAAUGGUUAAGGAGAACCUUAUUGAAAAUCUUCAUCACAAAAUAUCAAAGAAAUUUGAUAGCAUUUAUGCAAAGGAAGCGCAGAUAAAAGAUAUUGAAACAAGAAUCAGACUGAUAGUUCAAAACAGAAUGGAGGUCGGAAAUAUAACAAUCAAGAACCCGAUUCCAGAAGACGAAGAUACUAGGGACUUUGAGAGAGUAUUAUUAUUUUUACAAAACAAUCCUAAAUAUCUUUCAGAGUUACUUAGAAAUGUUAGUGACCCAGAUACUCUUAUUGUAUCCAUUGUUAUUCCUAUUUUCUCUAAUGUUUGUUCUAAGAAAGAGGAGUAUAUGUUUAUAAAUCUUGUGCUAGAAAUAUUCAGGAGAGAACUUCUAGAUAAUGGGCUGGAUGUAAGAAAGCUUGUUCCGAUGGACAUGUCUCUGGGAAUACACUCAAGUACCUUUUUCUCUCUUGAGUUAUUUAAAGAAGUUGAAUUUCCUAUUCAUCAUACUUUGUCAUCCGGAUCAAUUUGCCAUAAGCUUAUGGUUAACUAUUUCAGGAUAUCUCAGGGGAGUUUCUCCUUGAGGGACAAGAUCCUUCACAUUGUAAAGAAUUUAGAAAAUAUUGAGGUGGAUGCCAACCCGGUUCUUAUCUAUACAAUGCUGUUCAACCAAAGUACAACCGUAGACAAAGCAUUGGAGAACGAGAGAGUUAGGGAGGCAGUCCAGACAAGGCUUAUGGUCAUGCGUGGUGUGAUUUCAUCUGCACUAGAUCUUUUGGAAUCGUGCAUUGAAUCCAUUCCCUAUAUACUUAGAUACUUCCUUAAACUCUAUGGAGCAGGAAUGUUUUACACUGAAUUUGUGAUGCCUUUCAUCUUAGCCCCCGAUGCAUUUAUCGAAUCAUUCGAGGUCAGUAAAUCCCUCAGAAACAAAUGCUUUAUAAUAUCAAAGGUCUUGGAGUAUAUAACGGACAGGGUGACAAGUUUUGAGGAAUCUGAUCAUGGUGAAGAGGAGAAAAAUGAUGGCGUGAAAGGGUACAUGCCUUUAGCCAAUGGAGAAAAAAAGAGCUUCGAUCUCAGAUUCUACUCGCCUCUUUAUUCUUUCUUUGGAAGAUGCCGUGAAAGAUACCAAUCAAUCCUUUCAAAGCUUACAAAUGUUUCUAGUCUUGAUAACUAUUUCCAAUUUGAAUCAAUGAACGAGCUGGGCAAGCUUAAACGAGCUACGGUGCAUCUCCCGAGUAGUACUGCUAACCAAUUGAUUACACUUCUUCUAAGUAACACCAAACUGCUAGGCCUGGAAUUGUGUGAGGUUCUUGAGUCUUUGCCUCUGUUCCCUGAUGACCAAAACAAGACCCUUUCAUUUACUUUCUUUGGCCCUGAAUGGAUAUGCUCUCAGGAUCCAGAAAAAAUAGCACUGGAUAACUUUGUAAGAGGAUUGAAAAAGAAGCUUAUAUACGCUAUAUCGGUAUGCAAAGGGAGGAACUUGGUAGAAAUGCUCUUAAAGGAAUCUGAUGAAGAGGAAAAGUCUCGCUAUCUAGACAUGAAGAGGCAUGCCCUUUACAGUAAGGAUGAAGAGGACGAACUGUCGAUAACCUCUCCUCCAGCACAAUAUGAAACUAUUGAUCAACUGAAGGAAUCUAUCAUUGAUGAUCUAAACUUCUUGGAGGACAAAAACAUCACUAGUAGGCAUAACCUUUAUUCUGAGCUUCUAUUCAUGUUAGCUCAAGAUAUAGUCAUCUUAAGGUUCAUGUCUGAAGAAAGAAGUAAGGAACUUAGGAUAAAUGAGAUAAGCUAUGAUAAUCUAUGUUACAGAGAUGAUUAUCUAUCCGGAAAGAUAGAACUUUAUCAAAACUAUCUCAAUUCUUUUGUUGCAAAGUUAGCAAUUAAGAAAAGAUCCUUAUUUGGAUUCAGUGGCACUGAUGACAUCACUAGGGAUUCUAAAUAUGGAACACAUAAGUAUAGUGCAGAAAAGCUUAUGAGUAUGGGUGUGCUUGUCCAGAUAUAUGAUUCCCCCGAUAUCUCAGAAAUAUUCUUCCUAUUUCUCUCAGAAGCCCCUCUUCUUUUUAGCGUAGAAGUUUAUGUCCAAAACAUUCUAGUCUCUCAUCCAGUUUCAUUUAGGUUUGAUGACCUUCUUAAACUGCGAAAAAAUGGAAAUAACAUCUGUGAUAUAGCAGGAAUAUGCUCUUUCAGCGUAUGUAGAUUCAUCGAUCUCGUAAAUUCUAAGUAUAUCGGAAGUGAAGUAUAG